UUUUCAAGAAACCACCGAAGAAGAAGCGUCUGUGAUCCAUUCCCAUGGUUCUUACCUCAGUAGCAUCGCGGCAUCCAGCACGCCUCCGGUGCUGACAGGUUGGACCUUUUUUUUUCCGUCAAAACCAGUCCGGGUAUAGAUAAGAAACCGAACAUGCGGAGGCUCGGUUCUGUUCAGCAGAAGAUCCCGUGUGUUUUCCUGACAGGAGUGAAGGAGGAGCCGUCCAGGAAGCGGGACUGUCAGUCGUUUCAGGUUGUUGCCACGGAAACCGUGAACCCUCUGGCUCUAGAGGUCAGCAUCCACAGUGCUCUGGCCACAGAGAAACUGGACGGAACCUGCUGCUACGUCACUCUGUAUCAGGGUGAGCCUCACCUCUGGGCCAGACUGGACAGGAAACCCAACAAGCAGGCAGAGAAAAGGUUCAAGAGGCAUCAACGCGCUCAGCAGAGCUGUGAAGAUUUCACGUGGAACGUGGAGGAAGAUUUCAAAUCGGUGCCCGAGUCGUGGAUUCCAGCUCACAGAGUCAAACAUCACAACGGCCGGCCGAUGCCUGACGAACACGGACACACUCCAGGCUGGGUUCCAGUGGAGAAGAGCAACAAGCAGUACUGCUGGCACGCCUCGGUGGUGGAUUAUGAAGCCAGGGCAGCUCUUGUUCUCCGACCCUGCACUGGUGAUGAAAACAUGUUAGAAAUCACAGCCGUCCCACUGGCAGACCUCCAGGAGCAAACACUGGAGCUCAUCGGAACCAACGUCAAUGCAAACCCUUACAAACUGGGGAAUAAGAAGCAGCCCGUUCACUGUUUGGUGCCUCAUGGGAGCAUUGCAGUCAGAAAGCCUCCACCUGUCGACUUCCAGCAGCUGCUCUGCUGGUUCCAGGAGAGCUCGGAGGGCCAGGUGGAGGGCAUCGUGUGGCACUGCAGGGACGGCACCCUCGUGAAGGUUCACCGCCAUCACCUGGGCCUGAAGUGGCCAGAUGGGGACCCGUGUCUCUCCAACAGACCGGUGGUCAUUCGUGUGGAGGAGCACACAAACGGCUUCUUUCCUUCAUUUUCCAUACUUCAUGGACGCAGCUUCAGUCGGCUUCAAGAUGUGCAGCUUGAGCCGUAGACACAGGCCGAGAGGAGCUUGGAUUUAAUAUUUGCUAAAAUUGGUGGUAACUAAAUGAAAAAUGACUUGACGAUGAUAGUGAAAAACAUGUGAAACUGAUGUGUGAAUGCUCUGUAAAUACUGUAAAUUAAACUCCUCCUUUAAAAGAUGA